AUGAGGUCAGAUCCAAGCACUAGAAAAUCAGACGCCCUCUGCGAGUUCCACCAAGAGCGAGGUCACAAAACUGAGAACUGCAUCGCCCUAAGACAGGAGGUCUUGAACAUGCUUCAUCAAGGACACCUCAAAGAAUUAUUGAGAGACCGAGGAAGGACCAACUUUGCCCAAGGACGUGAACAACACCAGGGACUGCCGAAACCACCCUCACCGACUCGCACCAUUCAAAUGAUCAUCGGGGACGGCGACGAUGUUUCGAUCAACAGCAUAAAGUUUGCCACAACCCACAAGCUCAAACGGUCAAUCACUAAUGAACGGUACGACGAACUCGAAGAAAGUAUCAUCUUCGAUAAGCCAGAUACCCACGAUUUGGUUUUCCCUCACUAUGAUGCCCUCAUUAUCACUUUACGAAUAUUAGAUACAGAUGUAAGACACAUUAUGGUGGACGAUGGGAGCGGCGCGUGCAUUGUCCAUCCUCGAGUACUUGCACAAAUGAAACUCGAGGAUAAUAUAGUACCGUGUUGCAUCAUACUAACAGGUUUUAACAAUGCAGUUGAACGAACAUCCUGGGAAAUCACACUCCCCGUCCUGGCCGGCGGCGUCACUCUGGAAACCAUAUUCCACAUCAUGGACCAGGAUACGGCGUACAACGCCAUAAUAGUUCGACCUUGGAUACACGCCAUGAGAGUUAUCCCUUCCAGCUUGUACCAAGUUAUCAAAUUUCCAACCCCAUGGGGAGUAUUCAGCAUACGAGGAGAACAACGCACAUCUCGAGAAUGCUAUCGCAUAGCCCAUGAUUACAUGCCAGUUCGCGAGGAGGUCGAAAAAUUGUUAGAAAACGGCUCCAUCAGGGAAUCAAAAUAUCCCCAGUGGGUCGCCAAUGUGGUCAUGGUAAAAAAGAAGAACGGAAAGUGGUGGAUGUGCAUAGACUUCACGGAUUUAAACAAAGCAUGUCCCAAAGAUUCAUUCCCGCUACCUCACAUUGACCAGCUCAUUGACGCAACAGCCGGGCAUGAACUACUAAGCUUCUUAGAUGCCUACUCGGGCUAUAAUUAG